AUGAAACACCCAAUUUUCGCUCUGUUCUUUGCGUUGGUUACAACUUCAGUAAUUAAUGCCAUUCCGCAUGGAUUAAGUAAACGAGCUACCCAAUUUCAGCAAUGUUCUGCUCUCAUACCACCUCUCGACGUAUCCCUGUCAUCUGAUUCCAUUGUUUCUGACCAAGAUGUCACUUUUACCGUUUCCGGAAACGCGACAACUGACAUUACCGAAGCUACUUUUGGAAUAUAUUUUUACGACGACGAGACUGGCUUUGAACAGUCAUUCAAAGAUAACUUAUGUAACGUCUAUAAAUCAUGUCCCAUCAAGAAAGGUGCUGCGUUUGACUUCCAGGUCACAAUUAAGCCGGUAAAUUUGCCUACGGCUUAUUUCAUCGAUGUGUACAUGUUCAAAGACAACAUCGGGUUCCAUUGCGCUAGGAACUACACGUACUCCGACCAGCCGCCGCUAUCAGAGUAA